AUGAUCUCUUUGCUACUUGUCAAGCCAACCUCCGUCUGCUUUCCACCAGACUCCUGGUAUCGUGUUAACGAACACAUAUGCACCUCUCAUUUGCACGUCCGUUUUUUGUUUCAUAGUGCUAGAUCCCCUGUCGAGCCAUCGGCCUCGAUUACUCUGGGCCACCCCAGUCAUUUAGCGAUUCUCUACAAGGAAAUCACGGAGUGGUGUCUUUCUCAACCUGAUCCUGUAAUUGUGCACUGUCGUUUCCGUGGAUUUUGCUUAAAGCAAUGUGUCGAAAUUGGUAUUCUAAAGAUGGCUUCUGCGGUGUGCAGUCUUGUUGCAAUGACGCAGCCGGGAUAUAGCGAGUUGAUCGGUGAUCGGGAAUUCCGUGCUAUAGACUCCCCUAUCCGUGGAAACGGCGAUUCCUUCCUUGUGGCAGUAUACCACAGUGAUGGUACUUCGCGUUUGCAGUGGCUGGCUCGAGACGUCGCUUCUGGACUUCUGUAUCCCGAUGCUGGCGUCUUGAGUUAUUUAGAAACCGAGAGAGCCACUUGCGUACACAGCUGCUGCUUGUCAAGAACCGGUUAUGACGUUAUCGAUGGCGAAUCAUUCGAACGGUUUGCGAAGAAUGGGACUUGA